AUGAAGUUGCUCUUGCUUUUUGCCACAAUCGUGGUCCUCGCUAACAGUUUGCAUGUCAAAGAGAGUGCAGUGCAUUCCAGUUUUGAUUUUGAUCCACAUCUUGCGAGAAGCAAAGUAAAUGGUCCUUCCAGCAGAAUAGUUUUUCCAUCACCUCCCGCCGGAGAAGCCAACAAAGAAUUCUGGAUAAAUCGAGCACAACAGGAAUUAAAAGAGCGCCUUCAGAAACCUUUAAAUUUGAAUCAAGCCAAAAACGUGAUAUUGUUUAUGGGCGAUGGCAUGUCCUUGACAACGGUAGCGGCAUCUCGCAUACGCAAGGGUCAGCUGAAGGGCAAUACUGGCGAUGAGGAACUUUUGAGUUUCGAGAAAUUCCCGUAUACUGGAUUAAGUAAGACCUAUUGCUCCAAUGCCCAAGUAGCGGAUUCUGCCUGCUCCGCCACCGCUUACCUUUGUGGUGUCAAAGCCAAUAUUGUUACCAUUGGUGUAAGUGCCAAGGUCAAUUACAACAAUUGCACCGAGAGUAUGGAUAAGGCCAAUCAUGUAUCAUCCAUAGCUGCUUGGGCACAGAAGGCAGGUAAAGCGACGGGAUUCAUUACCACCACAAGCCUGACACAUGCCAGUCCUGCGGGUAGUUACGCCCAUGUGGCUAGUCGUUUCUGGGAAAGCGAUGCCGAUAUCACCACCUGGGCAGGCCUGACUGAUACAUCGGGCUGCAUGGACAUCGCUCAACAACUAAUCACCCAGGAACCUGGCAAAAACUUUAACGUUAUUAUGGGAGGUGGUAUGGGAAAAUUUCUACCAAACUCUGUCCAGGAUUCACAUGGUAAAAAUGGAGAGAGGGCCGACGGCAAGAAUUUGCUUUCCACCUGGCAAUAUAUGCAUAAGAAAGGUGCUGUUGUAACAGAUCGUGCUGGUUUAUUAGCUGCAAAUCUCACGAAAGUGGACAAUAUUUUGGGCAUCUUCCAAUCAGGGAUAAUGGACUAUCAUGCCUUGGCCAAUAAUACAAAACAACCAACAUUGGAGGAAAUGACAGAGGUGGCCAUCAAGUUUCUGAGUAAAAACAAUAAAGGCUAUUUCAUUUUCAUUGAGGGUGGACUCAUAGACUAUGGAAAUCAUGGCAAUGCCCCUGGCAUAGCUAUCGACGAGACAUUGGAACUCGAAAAGGCUGUACAAAAAGCCCGUGACAUGACUAACCCCGACGAAACCCUCAUUGUGGUCACCUCUGAUCAUGGCCAUCCACUCAGCAUGUCGGGCUAUUCUGGCAGAGGAAAUGAUAUUAUGGGCCUUAGCGACCUAAUGCCCGACAACAAUGGCCAACGCUAUACCACUUUGAACUAUGCAACGGGAACCGAACAAUAUUUGGAUGAACAGGGAAAACGCAUCGACUUGACUGGAAUUUUAGGAGGCCACAACAUCAUGGGCCAAUAUCCCAGUUAUAUUGAAGUCGACUACGGCGUUCAUGGCGGCGACGACGUGGGAGUCUUUGCCUCUGGUCCAUAUGAGCAUUUAUUCCGUUCUUCUCUUGAGCAACAUACACUGCCACAUUUGAUGGCCUACGCUGCAUGCAUAGGGGAUGGACCCACCAUGUGCGAUAAGAAAACACCAUAGGAUUUAGGCUAAGUUAAAAUAAAUGACAAAACAAAAUCAUAAAAAGACAAGUAAAAAGACAUUAAGUG